UUCCCUAAAUCCCAAGUUAGCUAGCAGAGCUGAAAAUGUAGGCACUAAGGCUAAUAAUAUAAACAUGAGUGCUGGGAGGCCAGCUAGUAUCCAGGUUAGCAGAAAAGGAAGAAAGAAAUCCAGCAAAAAGGAGGAUACAUUGAGUGGCCUACCACAAGAAAAUCAAUGCAGUCUAAGUGUUACUAGCCUUAACACUUGCUUUCCUUCAGUCAUGGAUUCAUCUCUCAGUGAAGAGGAAGUCUGUGAUUCCGAUAUGCCUUUAGACAAUCGUGAAUCAUGUUUUCCUUUUCAGGACUUGCCUGAUUUAUGCAAAAUCAAGAUCUGGAGUUUCCUUAAACAGUGUGACUUAGGCCGCAGUAUGCUAGUAUGCCGUAGUUGGCAUAAAUCUAUUUCUAAUCCGCAAUGGUGGAAUGUUAUUAGUUUGAAUGAACUUCCAUACACUUGUUUACCUAGAGAUCGAAACGGACCAACUCAUACUGAACCAGUUUGCCACCAUUGCUUUAGAAAAAGAUUGUUUUCAUUUAGUGCUUUUCUUUCUCGCUUGCGUCCAAUAGUAAAAAAAUUCCAAUUCUGCCUUGAUAUUAGCCAUCCAACAGACCAAUUUUACACUGUAGUGGAAAGGUUUCUAUUAAGUGCUGACUUGAAGUCAUUAACAUAUGCAGAUAUUAAUUGGAAAGAGAGUCCAUCAAGAUCUAAUUUAAGAACUGUUAAUGAACCAUCUCAAGACAUAUUGUAUAGAUGUCGCCAGCGCCAGCGAAUGUUUUUUAGGAUGUUUCAGGACUUUGUUAAUGUUGCUACACAGUUAACAACACUGAUCAUGCCAUUUGAUUGGACUGAACCUAAUGUAGAAAAUCUUUGCAAACUGGUCAAACUAGAAAAUCUUGUUUUAGAAAAGUAUGGCACCUACAACCACACGUUCACACAAGAACACAUGAACAAGUUGACUAAAAGCCUGGUACAUUUAAAAAAAUUAUUGCUUCAGGUUUCUAUUCCAACAGGGGAUAGUGUCAUGAGAUUAUAUCAAAUCGAAUCUGCAUCUUUGGUAGUAUUAGAUGUGUCCUUGUGCUGUGGCUUUUAUCUUCAGAGAAUAACAACACCUAAUUUGUUAAAACUUCGAAUAUUGCCCAAGCCAUUGAAAAGGAAUUUUUUCCAGCAACAGACACCAGAAAUGCCUUGCAUGUUCUCAGUGCUUUCAGUGGGUGCUGCACAGCUGAAAAACAUCAAUGGGCACAUUUUGGAAAUGGAAACUAUUGAUCAUCCUUCAAUAGAACUCAGCAAUUUAUUAAGUACUCUUUGUUGGUGUCCUAAGCAUAAAACUAGUGGUGGUAAAGAGAUGUAUGGUAUGUAGCUAUAAUGUUUCGAUAGUUUCAUCUAAAUUAUUUUUGUUUACAUUUUCAAUUUUAAAAAUGUCUCAUGGUGUAGUUGUAUUGAAUAUAUGUUGUUUUUUGUUUUUUUUUUUAAAUAAGAUUGCUUUUUCUUUUUAUCAAUUAGAGAUAUAGAUUUAUCAAGUUAUGUUUUAGAUGCUAUGUUUAAGGACAUUUGCAAGAGUUCUUGUUUCAAGGCAAUGGGGUGGGACAAUCCUUUGGAAAACUGUUGUAGAGAAAUUACUGUAAAUAGUUAAUUAAAUUAUAUAUAAACUAUAUAUAUGCUGCUUAUUGUAUUCUUAUGUUGUCUUUCCUACUAGCCUUAUCUAAAAAAAUGUAUAGGUAAAACAGGUUUCUAUAGGUUUUAUAAAAAUGUUUUUAUAACAGAAUUUUACUUCAUCUUACAAUACCAGUAGGUUGAAAUGCAAGUCUUGCAUCAUAAAUAUUCAGGGGUAGGUGACCCUCUAGCCCAGUGUUUCUCAAACUGUGGGGUGUAAUGUCCUGGCUGGGGGGUGGGGUGCCAGUAAAUUUAUCUUCUAGGGGCAUAAUUUUUGUAUAAUAUUUAAAUUAAUUUUUUUAAAGUAAGAGACAUCGUUACAUCUUCUAAUGAGGACCUUUUUAAAAUGUAUUCAGCUUUCACGUGAGACGUCUGCAGCAAUAUUGACUCUUUGAAGAAGCCGUUUCAAAAAGUCUCUGCUAACCUGAUUCUUAGCGAAUUUCUUGUAUUGAAAUAUUUGAAAUUCUUCCAACUUUUUUAUAUUAAAAUUUUUUGACUUGCCCUCCUUUACUAUGAGAAAAAACAUUGUAGACACCAAGAGAAAGAAUUUCUGAAGUUCAGAAAACAGAAAAAAAUGUUGGCCCCAGAGUGAACCCCCAGACCCUGAGCUUUGUUAGGCGUAGGCGUUUCGUGGGUGUCGAAUGCAAACAAACCAUAUGGUGGCAACACUCAACAAAAUGUAGAAUCCAUUAACACCGGCGAAAGGCCGAACAAUCAAUAGAAGUUAGUCAACGCUGAAACUGAAUAUUGAACAAGUUUAAUAACAAUGAAGGGAACCGUAGUAUGUCAGCUACGUUCAUAAAAUGCUACUUAUUACUACACUGACAUGAAGGCCAUCUGUUUAUGUCGACUUAUAUUUCGUUCUGACUCUAAAACCCUAUCCUUUUUUUAAUAGUCACGUCAUUGUCAUUAAGUAAAAACUUCCCCUGUUUCCGAAACCAAUAAUUCCUAAUCUGGCCAUAACAGCUUACAGUGCUCCCCGAACCCCUUGCUGAAUUGAGCGAUACUAAUAUACUAAUUGCAGUAAGGACUUUUUCUAGUAUACAAAGAACUCUAAAUUUUUUUUUUUUUUUAACUGGAAAGAACUCUAAAUUUAUUUAUUUUUUUUCCAUUCCUUUUUAAUUAAAAAUUACAUUCCUCCCUGACCAUAGCAUGGGAGUCUACAGCAUUGCUUCCGUUUCCAUGCUGGCUUAAGGGUGCACGAUCAUAAUUUAUUUUCGUUUAGGGAAGCGCCACCAGUAAAAUUUUGAGAAGCACUGCUCUAGCCAGUAACUGUAACCCUACUAUUAUGAUAGCAUUGAAUUAUUUUUUUUUUUUUAAAUUAAGGGUUAAUGGCUUUCUCAUUGUGCACUAUAAAUAUCUACCAAUUUUUGCCAUAUGUAUGCACAGAUCAGUACAUUUAUGGCAAAGAAUGGUAGAUAUAUUUACAACUGUCCUCCUAGUUCUGAAUUUACCUUUGUCUAAAGUGCUCUUAAAAAGUAUCAGAUUUUAAUUGAACAUUCAUUAAUAAUUACUAAUAUAAAAAUAUUUUGUAAGAUAAAAAUGGAAAAACUGAUUUUGUAUUUAACUAAUUAACUGUAUGAAAAUAAUACAUUUGUUAUCUACAGUUUUCUAUAUAUAUGGCAAUGAGUUAGGGUUAUUAGCUUGUGUAAUAAAGUUGACUAAUCAGUUGAAAGAUUACAUCAAAGAACAAACUAUUAGCUCCUUUAAAAUGUAUAGAUUAUAGUCAAGAAUUGAUUCUUUUCAAAAGUAAGCUAAUUGGGUAAAUGUGCUGAACCAAACACUUUUUUCUUAUUCUGACUUUUAGAAAAAAUAAUAAUUAAACACUAAAAUAUUCUUUUUAAUUAUUAAUGUAUUUAUAUUUGUCAAAUUUCUAAAACAAAAAUGAUGUUUUGAUAUUGUAAUAACUUAAGUGAGGCAACUCAACGAGGACAUAGACGUUUAUUUACAUAGAGACAUAACAAACAAACACAAAGGGCAUCUGCCUUGAGUACAGCAUCUCCAUAUUGGCUCUCUACUUGGGCGGGAAUCGUUAGUCUCUUCAUGUCAACAUCCUGUUCUAGUUUGGUUACUAGAAGUGCGCAUCUCUGCACUAGCCUGGAUGGUGGUGCGCAUCUCUGCACUAGCCUGGAUGGUGGUGCGCAUGGCAAAGUCAUAACAUUGCCCCCGUCUUAGCACUUUUCGUCCCGAAAAGAAACACUGCAGUGGAGCUUUGACGGUUCAGGUGGAGGUAGAUCGGUGGGAACCACAGACGGCAGGGAGCCUGUUGCCCACGAGGCCAUCUGCACAGUAUUCCGAGGCCGUCGCUUCCUCUUCUUCCAGUUGGCCAGUCUACGCUUGAGACUAUUUGUGGUCACAAAUGGAGGUUGUGGCGAUCACUGUAGUUUCCAGGGUUGUUGUUCCAAGACGCUGAGUCAGCGGAUGUGUUCCAUGGAUGUCUUGUGACACAGUUGUAGGCCCACUGGUAGCCAUGGUUUCAGGCACAUAGUCUUUCUCAGCCUCAUCUGUAAGGUAUGCCCAUGAAGCAUCCUUGUAAUGUUCAUCCACGGCUACAUCAGGUUUGCGUUUCGCUGGAAUUAAUUCACAACCGUUCAGGCCACUCUCACUGAUGUGGGCAGAAGUACACAUCUCUGUCAAGUUCAGAUCUUGUAGCUGGGUUUCUUGGCAUGGGCACUUUCCCCGCAGGACGCCGCAUAUACAGUUCAAGUCAAUCGCCUGGAUGCAGUUGCCAAGCAUCGAGUUCUUUCUUAUGCAGCUGCCAAAGUCCAAUUCAUUGUUUCUGUCUCGGCCAUUGUUGGGGCCCGUAUUCGUAAUUUCACCCAACGACAUCCAAGGCAAGGAAUCAGAAGCGGUCUUCAGGCUUUCAUGGUUUGAAUUCUCGUCAAAGGUACAGACAGAUAAACAGAGGUCUUUAAGGUCCACAGCAGAAAGCUUGGACGCAGACCCAACGUUGUCUUGAUCUGUCCGGCUCAUUGAGGUACUGGUAACAGGUACAACAGGAACAAACACUUGAGGCACAUAACAGACUUCUCUUGUUUCUUCAUUUGUUUCUUUCCUUUCAAUUUGAAACAUACCGUUCAGAUUGUCGCAGCAAUCGUUGUCACGUUUCUCGCCUUGAAAGUCAUCCCCGCCAGACUUGCCCACAACACAGUCACAGACAGCGCUCCAAUCCCCAGCGCCUCCAUCACCACUGUUUGUGCAGCCACAGUCCUGACCAGGCAACUGCUCCUUCCCUAACGAGUUUAUUCCUCCUUUUGCUAGCGACACAAUUUUAUCACUUUGGUCUAUUUUGCCUUCUACUUGCAAUACACUUUCAUCUACUUUACUCCCCAUCCUAUUAAUUUGUUCACGCAUUGCAUCAAUUUCUUCCUGUAUCCUGCCAAAGAACUCAACAAUCCCAAGUUCAAUUUCAAAUUUGUAGGUCUCCGAAUCUUCUUCUUCAUUGAUCAGAGCUUGCCUUAGACGAGCCGUGAGCGUUUCCCUGCUACCGAGGUAUUUUAAACCUCUGUCCCGAAGCUCUUGUCUUAUCUCUUUAAUUGAGAGCUGAUGUAAUAGCUUCAAAUAUGUCAUGAUUGUAAUCAAAGCCUACCUCCUCUCGUUGAGUUGCCUAUAAUCCCACUUCUGAGACCAAUUGUAAUAACUUAAGUGAGGCAACUCAACGAGGACAUAGACGUUUAUUUACAUAGAGACAUGACAAACACAACAGUACAGCAUACAGCAUGAGUACAGCAUCUCCAUAUUGGCUCUCUACUUGGGCGGAAACGUUAGUCUCUUCAUGUCAACAUCCUGUUCUAGUUUGGUUACUAGAAGUGCGCAUCUCUGCACUAGCCUGGAUGGUGGUGCGCAUGGCAAAGUCAUAACAAUAUAUAUAUAUAUAUAUAUAUAUAUAUAUAUAUAUAUAUAUAUAUAUAUAUAUUUGUAGUUUAUACAUCAUUUUUCAAAUUUAUUAAUCACUUUUAGUUUGAAAUCAAGCAGACUUCUAAUUGAUGCACAUGGUUAUUUUCAAGUCUAAGUUGAAGUUCUGUUGACCCUGUGAGAUGAGUCAGGAGCCUCCAUGACUUCUCAUAUGUUGAUUCUUUUGUCUCUAUGAUGCAGUGAUUUCUUUAGUGUUUUUUUUUACACACACAAAUAAGAAGCUAUAGAGCAACAUAUUGAGAAAAAUUAUUAUUGCUGAUAAGAAUAUACUAAGCAGAUGACACAAAAAAAAAAGUACUAAGGUGUUUUCACAAAUAUAUAGGAAGUAGGCCAACUAAACUGCAGUUAUGCAGGGGGAUCUGUUAAGCUGUGAUCACGUUCUUGAGGUUAGAUUGUAUAUUUAACAACUGACAAUAUUAUAUGGAUGUUUGUUUGUGUCAGCAGAUAAAUGUAAUCUAGUCAGGUUUGCAUUCAAAAGUAAUGACUAUUUAUCAAAUGUAUCCACGGUGUGGCCUUUAUUACAGUGGUGUACCUAUAAUAUUUUAAUAAGUCUUCAUUAAAGUGGGAUUGUAGUAAUAAAGAAUAUUUCAGACACUUGUCUACUGAAUUAGUUUCAAAGAUACAGCUUAAUGCAAAGUAAAAAGUUACAUAUAAUAUUCACAACUUGUUAAUAUUGAAUUCUUCUCUUACUGACACAUUUUGUAAGUUUUCCAACUUUUGGCAUUUAGAUUUAAAAGCAAUAUAUAUAUAUAUAUAUAUAUAUAUAGAGAGAGAGAGGUGAGUUAAUGUGGAGUUUCUGAUAUGUUCACAUAAUUGUUAAUUAGUGCUUGGGACACAUCAGGCUUCCAUCAUUGCUAUUGGAUGAAAGGCUUUCCUUUAAUAUCUUAUGGUUAGUAAUAGAUAUAUGUAUUAUCUUGAAUAUAGCCUUUCACAUAUUUGUAGUUAGUUUUUCAAACAAAAUGUUUUUUUUAUGGUAGUGUGCCAAAUAAAAAAAAUCUUUAAGCCUCUUUUCAAAUAGGCAUACUAGUACAACAGUUUGUGAUUUCUUUUUCAAUGAUUGUAGCUACAUUUUCUUUUGUAAAUAAAUGGUUGCCCAACAUUAUACAA